AUGGACGAUUACCUCUUCAAGGCACACGUUGAUUCGUGCAAGACGGUCCAAGAAAAGACCAGCGGCCUUGAGAUCAUUACGUAUUCCGGCACAUUUUCCCCUCCGCCUCCUCGGUAUGGAGUGAAACCGACAGGAACUCUGCGUCUCGUCGUUCAGAAGGAAGCGUGUCAUCCAGAUACGUUCAGUCCUCAGGUCAUUUCGUUAGAUGCCAAGCAUUAUGAGCAGAUGGUCCGAAAGUUCAACUUGCCUACUAGAGCUAUCGAGGGCACGAGCGUUGUAGGGCCUUUCUUUUGGUCAUUUGUAGACCAUUCGUCGAAGGAUCCGAGACUACACAUCCUCUUCCGUAAAUCAGAUACCCGAAAACAAGGAAAGACAGAAGGCUGGGAAGUAGUCCUGUCUCAUUGCUUUUCUACCCGAAUGACGACUGGGUUCGUCAAGGGUACGUCAACGUCGCACAGCAAGAAGGCCAUUGACGAUCUCAUACAAUGUGCCACGCAAACCGACCACCCCCUUAUUCUCCCACUCAUACUACUUUCGUACGGUCUCGGGUUAGAACGCGAUCAACAGCUGCGCGAUACACGGGAAUGGGUACGGCGUCUUGAACAAUCUAUAUCGCAGCGCGUAGAGGCUCAAGAAGACGGCAGCAGUACGGGCACCACCGCCGGGGUUAAGGAGAGCAUGGCCGACAUCGAGGACACGAAUCGCGCGCUUGUCGAAUGCCAUGCGCGGAUGUUGCGAAGGCGGCCGCAAGAUUGGCUUGAGAUCAUCUCAGGUAUGGAGGAUGCGAUGUCGUUGUUUAGGACGAGGGUCAUGCCAGAGACGUGGACUCCGGAGCUCGAAGCGACCCAUUCUAGCAUUAACGGAAGGUUGGCAUUCUAUCGAACGAAGUUGAGGGCAAUUGAGGGUUACGUACAUACGACCAUUGAGCGGCUCAGUAUCCAGAGGAACGCUUUGACAAAUGUAAUGGCACAUCGGGAAUCCAUAGUAAACCUCCAGAUGGUCGCAAUGAUCACGGACCAGCGGCGGAUCGCCCAGGCAAGCAAAAAGGACGGCAACGCCCUGAAGCGUCUAUCAAUGAUGGGUGCGGUAUUUCUUCCCGGUACCUUUGUCGCAUCUCUAUUCAGCAUGGUUUUCUUCAACUUUCAUGCCAGCGACUCCGAAGGCAGGGCACGCAUCGACGUGGCGCCUCAGUUAUGGAUUUAUUUUGUCGUUACGGCCCCGUUGACCUUGGCCGUGGUGUUGUUUAUGUGGUUGUGGGAUCGCAAACGCGAGAGACGGGCGAAGAAAGCCACAAAUGCUCUUGAAGCAGGGGUUAUGGGUAUGGAAAAAGAUGUCAUGCUGCAGCUCCGCCGGCAGAGAGUGGAAGACCGUUGUUGA